AUGGAAGAAAGAAUUUAUUUUUCUCUCUUGAUAUUAUGUAGCAUUGUUCAAUUAAUUGGUACUUCGAAGACAUCAUCGGUUCUGCAUAUCCUUCAGAAACGUAUGAUUGACAAAACGCUGUAUUAUGGAAGUAAGCCAACGACGCUUCGACAAGUUCCCUACAUUGUCAAUAUCGUGAGAAAUGGACUCAGUAUUUGCGGAGGCAGCAUAUUAACACCUGUAUUUAUCCUAACUGCAGCUCAUUGUAUUUUUGCGGAUAAUUACACCUAUACAGUUCUGUCCAAUUCAGCAAGCUUUGAUCGAGGAAUUGAGCACGCUGUAAUAAAGAAAUUAUUAUUCGCAGAUUAUAUUCAUCGAUAUUGGGGUCGGAACGAUCUUGCCUUGCUUAAUAUUUCUCCAGCUAUCAAUUUUCUCACUUCGCAUAAUGAAAAAAUAUCACUCUACACUGGAAAUUUGCCACGAAAUAGUCAUGGUAUUGUCAGUGGCUGGGGAUGCUACUAUAUGAGAGGACAGAGAACCAAAUUUCCUAGCCAAUUGAGAUCAUUCACUGUGCCCAUACUUAGCGAGGAAUCUUGUCGAGAAAAAAUCGAAAUUGGGACUUUAUCAGAAGUGGAUGUAAGAAAAUCAUCAGAUCUUCAUAUCCGCAAGAAACGCAUAAUUGAUACAAGCUUAAAUGGUAAUAGACCAGUAUCGCUUCAACAGGCUCCUUACAUGGUUAACAUUUUGAGAAACGAAAUUAGUUAUUGCGGGGGUAGUAUAUUAGAUCCCACAAUCAUUUUAACUGCCGCACAUUGCGUUUCUGAGGAUAUUGGGUUCUACAGCAUUUUAUCUAAUUCGGCAAUUGCUGAUCGUGGAGUUCGCCACAAAAUCAUAAGGAAAAUAAUACAUCCGCAAUAUGAGCAGCAUCAGUUAUUAAAUGAUCUUGCUUUGCUUGUUAUUUCUCCACCUAUUAAUUUUGAAACAUCAAGGAAUCGAAGAAUCCCAAUCUGCAAUGGACAUUUACCACCGAAUAGUCGUGGCAUCAUUAGUGGCUGGGGGUGUCAUCGAAUAAGAGAGGGGAGAAUGGAAUAUCCUUUCAUAUUAAGAUCAAUCACUGUGCCUGUAAUUAGUAUGAAAUUGUGUCGCACUUUCUAUCGGUAUGCGAAUUUGACAAAUAGAAAUAUGUGCACUCUUGAUGGAAAUAGAGAAAAAAAUUGUGCUGGGGGAGAUUCUGGUGGAUCUUUGGUUGUAAAUGGUCAACUGCUUGGUGUUCUCUCAUGGGCUGAAGAGACCUCAGAUCAAGGAUAUCCUGACGUUUUCAUCAAUUUAAUAGGAAGAAUGAGAAGAAAUGCGCAAGGGCAGAAUGAGAAGGAUCUCUCGUGGGUCGACGCAUUGAUCGGCGCUCGAGGGAUGCUGGCCAUUCUGAUCUCAACCCCUGAAACCACCACCCACCCCAGUCAAUGCCGCGAUUAA